UCUCUCCCCCUGUCCCCUCUGGCCUGUACUCGGUGCCUGGCGUCCAGUGUAAUUUCCUUUCAUAACAGACACUGCCAUCCAUGCAUUAGCAUUUUUACUGCAGCAGGGGCAACACUUAGUGCCUGAGUGUGUGUCUGUGUGUUCUUCGCUCGUGAUACGGCUCUAAUUAUGCAGGGACUGGGGAAGACGGAGAGAGGAGAUCAGGGCCGAGACAUCGACCUGACAUCACUGAGAUCCACAAUGCCCGCCGGCGGCCCCCUGCAGGGAGGUUCCAGCUCCAACCUGAACAUGAACCUCUACGCAACCAAGAAGACAGCGGCCGAGGGCAUGUUGGACAUCGCUCUGUUCCUGGCCAACAUCACGCACAUGAAAACGGUCAUCGAACAGGGAGCCGGAUACAGGUAUUACGCUGCCGUGCUGACACUCAUUUCCUUCUCGCUGGCUCUUCAGAUCGUGGCUGGAGUCCUGAUCAUCAUCAUCGGACGCAGGGACCUGAACGUGGUGUCCAAUCAGAGACGACUCGACUACCUGAACAACAUGGCCACGGGCUUCAUUGUCGCCAUCACCGUGGUCAACUUCUUCGUCAGCUUCUUUGGAUCCAAGAGGACGGGCUUCUUCCGCUGGCUGCUGGCCCGACUUCACUUUUGACCCACAAACACAACAUGACAUCUUUUUUUUUUUUUUUGUCUAAACUGUUGUCAUUUAAAAUACGCAACAGUAACUUUGUAGAUUUUGUUUCCCCUUUAAUGACGAUGUUCUGCUGUAACUCAACUAAAACCCAGUGACACUGAACUAACAUCGUCAUCAUUCUGAUUUCUGCUCUAACAGGCUUUAACAUAUUUAAAUGCAUUUGUCUCUGUGUGUUUUCUGUUCUGUAAAAUCCUCCAUUUUAUAUUAUUGAGUAUAAAAAUGUUUUUGCAGAAAUACGAGACAUUGUUUUAAUGUCCUUCUUCCAAUAAAUGUAGCAACUUAACAUAAGCACGAGUUUAUCGUGUUAUUACAGCAACUCUGUGUGUGUGUGUGUGUGUGUGUGUGUGGUA